AUGGCACUCAAAAACGAGCACCAGCAACGACAGCCAAAGACAAUGAAGACCUUGCACACUUCCGAACCGUCGGAAGAUACUCAAUUGAUUCAUACGCUUGCGCCUGAGAUCAUUAUCGAAAUUCUGUUGAGGCUUCCUGUUGAAUCGCUAUUACGGAGUAGGUCUGUGUGCAAGUUAUGGCGCUCUAUAAUAUCCGAUCCGCAUUUCAUCAAAUCUCAUCUCAGUUUCUCAAUUAGCAACAACCACUAUGCAUUUCAUCGAUUAAUUUUCAGUACUGUGCCAAAAAUAAGUAUAAAGAGUUGUCCUCUUUAUGAUGUGUUGUAUGAUGGAUCCGUUAACGCCUUAGAGCUUAAUUAUCCAUUGAAACAUUCUCUCAAAUCUGUAUGGAUCGCCGGUUCUUGCAAUGGAUUGUUAUUAAUAACUAACGAGGACUAUACUCUGUUUAUUUGGAACCCUAGUACUCGCAGAUCAAACAUGUUACCCAAUAAUGGUGUUAAAUCACGACUUGGGUGGCAUGAAAAAUAUGGUUUAGGGUGCUAUGAGUCCACUGAUGAUUACAAAGUCGUUGGAAUAUCUAGUAUUUUCAGAGAUGACAGCGAUGGAGCCAGGUAUGAUACCAUAGUGAAAAUAUACUCUUUGAAAACUGGAAAUUGGAAGAAAACUGAUGAUUUUCAUAAUGGUUUUCCUUUGGAUGGUUCUGUCACGUUUUUGAAUGGAGCUUUUCAUUGGGCGGCUAGUCGAAAAUUUGGGUCAUCUUAUUCAUGGACAAUAGUUUCUCUUGAUUUAGCAAAAGAGACGUAUGGAGAAAUUUUGCAACCUGUGUACGAUGAAGGUGAUAAGGAUCUGACAUUGGGGGCUGUGGGAGAAUGGUUGUGUGUGCUUUGUGAUUAUUAUAAAGUUUGUGCAGAUGUAUGGGUGAUGAAGGUUUAUGGGGUGAAAGAUUCUUGGAUUAAAUUGGUUUCUAUUCCAUAUCUCACUGAUCCUGGGUGGGAUCAAUUUUCAGUGCCUUUGUGUAUUUCAAAUGAUAGGAAAGUUUUGUUGCAAUUCGGGUUGAAAUUGGUUGUGUAUGAUUCCAGGAAUUGUUCAUUCUCAGAGAUUCAGAAGUUCAAUGAAUGUCUUGAUGCAUUUACCUUUGUUGAGAGCCUGGUUUCCCCCAUUUUCGUUAGAGCAGGAGCUGUAAAUAACAAUGAUGGCUGA